GCGAGAGCGCGCAUUCGUAGGCGACUGACGUUACUCAAUGGGCGGAGCCGAAGGAAGACAGCUAUGUAACAUGCGAAUUUUCCGAAACUAUACUUUAGGGGGCUGGUCUUAAAACAUUGUGUAACUGAGCUAUAUAAGCAGGUGACCACUUGUGCAUAUUAUGUAUUCGGAACAGUUAAAAGAUGGUGCGAUAACUCGUUUUUUUUUAUAGGGGUAGAUUUAGUUAGCCAAAUGCUGACCACCUAUCUUGUAAUACAGAGCGGUGAUAGUGACAUUUGAUACCGGCAAAGAGCAACAGUGUCAAGCUAAUUCAUUUUGAAGUGCUGAUGCAUCCUUAUUUGUCCAUAUUAAAAAGCACUAUUUCUAAUGCGCUAAUAUUUAUAUUUUAAGCACUAAUAAUAAUACCUUUUUUGCGCUGUACUGCUAAACGUUUGUAAUGAUGGGAGUUGGAACUGAUAACAAGACUACGACCUUGUCUAGUAAGUAUGCAUUGCAGCAGCUUGGAGAGGGAAAAGAGGAGGUAGAUGAGGCCAUGAGGCUGGCAAAGACUGAACACCAGAUAACGGAACCUAGAGAAACUUGGGGUCGACGUCUGGAGUUCGUGCUCGCCUCCAUCGGUUAUGCGGUGGGUCUGGGGAACGUGUGGCGCUUCCCGUACCUAUGCUACAGGAGCGGAGGAGGUGCUUUCUUGAUUCCCUACUUCAUCAUGUUGUUUCUCUGUGGUAUCCCACUGCUUUUCAUGGAGUUCACUGUUGGGCAGUACACUCAUCUGGGGCCGGUCCAUGCUCUGGCUAAAAUAUGUCCCCUCUUCAAAGGUGUGGGGCUUGCAACGGUAGUGAUUUCUUACGUGCUCUGCACCUACUACAACGUGCUCAUGACCUGGGCUCUCUACUACCUGCUUCAUUCGUUCAGCCCCUCAUUGCCAUGGCAAUCCUGCAACAACACGUGGAAUGCAGUUGGCAACUGUUCCACUGGUUUUCCUGGCAAUGCCACGCAUCUGCAAUCAGCCAGUCAACAGUUCUUUGAUCAUAAGGUCUUAGAAAUGACCAGAGGGAUUGAGCACGCUGGAGGGAUUCGCUGGGAACUCUUUGGCCUCCUAAUACUGGCCUGGGCCAUUGUUUAUUUCUGUAUCUUUAAAGGGGUGAAAUCCACUGGAAAGGUUGUGUACUUCACUGCCACAUUCCCUUAUUUCAUACUAAUUGCAUUGCUGAUCAAUAAUGUCCAGUUGCCUGGAGCAAAAGAUGGUAUCCUCUUCUUCCUCAUGCCAAACUGGAGUAAACUCUUGGAAGUCCAGGUGUGGGUCAACGCUGCUGCUCAGAUCUUUAACUCCAUCGGCAUCUCCUUUGGUUCUAUGAUAUCUAUGGCCAGUUACAACAAGUACAACAACAACAUCCUCAAGGACACAUUUAUCAUCUCUCUGGCAAAUUCAGCCACUAGUAUCGUAGCAGGCUUUGUUAUUUUUUCUGCCAUCGGGUACAUGGCUCACAUUCACAACCUACCUGUAGAUGACAUUGCCACAGAUGGGCCUGGUCUGGUGUUUGUGGUAUAUCCUGAAGUGUUUUCCACCAUGCCGAUCUCUCAGCUCUGGGCACCUCUGUUUUUCAUCAUGUUACUCUGCCUUGGACUGGACAGUCAGUUUGCCAUGGUGGAAGUGGCUGUAACUUUCAUCAUGGACGGCUUUGGCAAGAAAGCAUUGCGAGUUUUUAAGAGGAAGGAGCUGAUUGUUCUGGCAGUCUGCAGCAUUGGCUUUCUGCUGGGGAUUCCUCACAUUUCCAGGGGUGGGAUAUAUGUGUUUCAGUUGAUGGAUCACUACACAGCUGUGGUGUCUCUAAUGUUUCUGGCCUUCUUCGAGGUGCUCGCCGUCACUCUCAUAUUUGGAGUGAGACGGCUCAGUUUAAUGGUGGAGAAAAUGCUGGGAAAGAAACCAAACCUCUACUUCCGUGUCUGCUGGCAGUACCUUUCACCCAUGCUUGUGCUGGGUAUUCUGAUCUCCAGUAUAAUUCAGUAUACUCCAGCUCGAUACGGUAAGUCCUACACGUACCCGCUCUGGGCAGAGGUGGUCGGCUGGGUCAUCUCUCUCGCCUCCAUCAUCUGGAUUCCACUUGGGGCGCUACAUGAGCUUUGGAUCACCGAAGGGUCUCUGCUGCAGAGGUUGAAAAAGUCCAUAACUCCAGCUAUAGAUCUGGAGUUUGUUUCAGAGAAAUCAUCUUCCGAGUCCAUUGCGAUGUUUACCGCUCCUUAGACACAUGCGUGUGUGUGUGUGUCCUCAAUGUUUACUCAUUUGAAGUGCAUAGUUCUGCUUAAACUGAAAAAUCGCAUUUUAUGUUUUUACUCGUAUUUAUAUUCUGUUUAUUGCGUCUGAAAUUAAUGUUGUAAAGUACGUCAAACAUCAAAAUAUUCCCAGAUUUACAAUAUGGCAUUGAUAUUGAUGAGAUCUGUUUUUUUUAUUAUUAUUAUUUAAUUACUUUUUUACAUGUGUUUAUUUGAUUAUUUGAAAGCUUUGAAUAAUGUAAAAAAGAAAACUUAAUGUCAGACAUUAUACAUUUCAUGCAUAUUUUUCUUCGAGUAAAGAAGUGGAAAAUAUAUGAUGUUGUAAUGAGAGGGAAAUGACAAGAUUUUGGUUGGUUUUCUCCGUUAUUAAGAUUUAAAAUGAUUAACCAUUGACCUUUAAGCAUUGUUGAAUUGUAUAUACACUGAUUUAAAGGACUGACACAACCUUGAAAUUAUAUUUAGAAUGUUAGGGACGACAUACUUGAUUUUACACAUUAUUUCAAAAUUCAAAAACUGCACUAGCAAACACCUGCACAAAAUGUUUUCAUGAAACUUAAAUUCCAUGCAGUUCUUUAAAUGUCAGCAUCACUUUUUAUUAUGGGUACAUCAACAUUCACUCUCAUAGGCUUUAGCACA